CUCACACUCUUCCUCUCCCUCUCUUCCAAACCCUCCUCAUUUUCUCUCUCUCUCUCCUUUAUCUUCUUCUUCUUCUUCAAUUUUCUUCUCCCAUUUUCAAAAAUCAUGGGUGCAGCUCUUCUUCCAGAUCUCAUAACAGAGAUUAUCAUUCCUGUAUGUGCUGUAAUUGGAAUUGCUUUUUCUCUCUUUCAAUGGUACAUCGUUUCUCAGGUCAAGCUUUCCCCUGAUUCUACCCGCAAUAAUAACAACAAAAAUGGAUUUUCUGAUAGUUUGAUUGAAGAAGAAGAAGGUCUUAAUGACCAAAGUGUUGUUGCUAAAUGUGCUGAAAUUCAGAAUGCUAUUUCUGAAGGAGCAACUUCCUUCCUUUUCACCGAGUACCAGUAUGUUGGUAUCUUUAUGGUUGCUUUUGCUGUGUUGAUAUUCCUUUUCCUCGGAUCUGUGGAGGGCUUCAGCACAAGUAGCCAGGAGUGUACCUAUGACAAAACCAGGAGGUGCAAGCCUGCUCUUGCCACUGCUAUCUUCAGCACAGUGGCCUUCUUGCUUGGUGCUAUCACUUCAUUGGGUUCUGGUUUCUUUGGGAUGAAGAUUGCCACAUAUGCAAAUGCCCGAACAACACUAGAGGCUAGAAAGGGUGUCGGCAAAGCAUUCAUUGUAGCAUUCAGGUCUGGAGCUGUCAUGGGAUUCCUACUUGCUGCAAAUGGUCUUUUGGUGCUUUACAUUACUAUCCUUCUCUUCAAGAUUUACUAUGGUGAUGACUGGGAAGGUCUGUUUGAGGCUAUUACUGGUUAUGGUCUUGGAGGAUCAUCCAUGGCCCUUUUCGGUAGAGUUGCUGGAGGUAUUUACACAAAAGCUGCCGAUGUGGGUGCUGAUCUUGUCGGUAAGGUUGAAAGAGACAUCCCUGAGGAUGACCCCAGAAAUCCAGCUGUUAUUGCUGACAAUGUUGGCGACAAUGUUGGGGAUAUCGCUGGUAUGGGUUCUGAUCUUUUUGGAUCCUACGCUGAGUCGUCCUGUGCUGCUCUUGUUGUUGCAUCUAUUUCCUCAUUCGGAAUUUCCCAUGAUUUGACGGCAAUGAUGUUCCCAUUGUUGGUUAGCUCGGUUGGUAUUAUUGUUUGCUUGAUCACAACCUUAUUUGCAACCGACUUCUUCGAGAUCAAGGCUGUUAAGGAGAUUGAGCCUGCACUCAAGAAGCAGCUAAUCAUCUCCACUGCUCUUAUGACUGUCGGAGUUGCAGUUAUUUCUUGGAUCGCUCUUCCUACAUCAUUUACCAUUUUUGACUUUGGAACUCAGAAGGAGGUGCAGAACUGGCAAUUGUUUUUAUGUGUUGCUGUUGGGUUGUGGGCUGGGCUCAUCAUCGGAUUUGUGACUGAAUACUACACUAGCAAUGCAUACAGCCCUGUGCAAGAUGUUGCUGAUUCUUGCCGAACUGGAGCUGCCACAAAUGUUAUUUUUGGCCUGGCCUUGGGUUACAAAUCAGUCAUUAUUCCUAUUUUUGCCAUUGCUAUCAGCAUUUUUGUCAGUUUUAGCUUUGCAGCUAUGUAUGGUAUUGCUAUGGCUGCUCUUGGUAUGCUGAGCACCAUUGCCACUGGAUUGGCUAUUGAUGCAUAUGGCCCUAUCAGUGAUAAUGCUGGAGGCAUUGCUGAGAUGGCUGGUAUGAGCCACAGAAUCCGUGAGAGAACUGAUGCCCUUGAUGCUGCUGGAAACACAACCGCUGCUAUUGGAAAGGGUUUUGCAAUCGGUUCUGCAGCUCUUGUUUCUCUUGCUCUCUUUGGUGCUUUUGUAAGCCGUGCAUCCAUCCAAACUGUGGAUGUGCUGACCCCCAAAGUAUUCAUUGGUCUCAUUGUGGGAGCCAUGCUUCCAUACUGGUUCUCUGCCAUGACAAUGAAGAGUGUGGGAAGUGCAGCUUUGAAAAUGGUUGAAGAGGUCCGAAGGCAAUUCAACACCAUCCCUGGCUUGCUAGAAGGCACUGCCAAACCCGACUAUGCUACCUGUGUCAAGAUCUCCACUGAUGCUUCCAUCAAGGAGAUGAUCCCCCCAGGUGCUCUUGUCAUGCUCACACCAUUGAUUGUUGGAACCUUCUUUGGUGUCGAAACUCUGUCUGGCGUUCUUGCUGGUUCUCUUGUGUCUGGUGUACAGAUAGCUAUUUCUGCAUCCAACACCGGUGGUGCUUGGGACAAUGCCAAGAAGUACAUUGAGGCUGGUGCUUCAGAGCAUGCAAGGACACUUGGUCCCAAGGGAUCAGAUGCACACAAGGCAGCUGUGAUCGGUGACACCAUCGGUGACCCACUUAAGGACACAUCAGGACCAUCACUCAACAUUCUAAUCAAGCUUAUGGCUGUCGAGUCACUAGUGUUCGCCCCCUUCUUCGCCACCCACGGUGGCUUGCUCUUCAAGUACCUCUAAUGAAUGAUCGGCGCAAAAUCAGAAGGCGACAGAGGGAGGAAUUCGCGGUUUCUUCUCCUCAUUUUAUCGCCUACAAAUCGGGCAAGUUUUAAAUUUUAUCGCACAAUUUUUGAAUGUCGUUAGAUGACAACUACAAGGCUGGAGGGGCUAAAACUUCUACAUGAUGAUGAUGAUAAUGAUAAUUUGGAAGCAAGUCUUGUGAAAAAUAGAGUUAUAUGGUCAACAUUAUUCUUUUCUUUUUUUCUUCCUUUUAUUGUAAGAUCGGGAUUUGUAGUAAUCAUUUUGCAAACCUCUUUUGUUAGGUAUAACUCAUUUUCUAUUUUAGUCCUUCAGAAAUUGUAUGCAGUUGCCUUUUUAUCUUAUCUUAUAUAAAAAGGGAAUUGGGGUUUGGGUGCACAAGGGUAUGUGCACCGACCCAACAUUCCACAAAAUUUCAACUA